AUGUCCAAGUUUUACGAAUUGUGUCCAAAGGAUAGCAAGGGAGAACCAUUCCCAUUCUCGCAAUUGGAAGGUAAGGUUGUGUUGAUCGUCAACGUUGCUUCCAAGUGUGGGUUCACUCCUCAAUACAAGGAAUUAGAGGCUUUGUACAAGAAGUACGAAGACAAGGGAUUCGUUGUUAUUGGGUUCCCAUGCAACCAGUUCGGUCACCAAGAACCAGGUUCUGACGAAGAGAUUGUUCAGUUCUGUCAACUGAACUACGGUGUUUCUUUCCCAGUCUUGAAGAAGAUCGAUGUGAACGGUUCCAACGCUGACCCAGUGUACAACUUCUUGAAGAACGAAAAGUCCGGUCUAUUGGGCUUCAAGGGUAUCAAGUGGAACUUUGAGAAGUUCUUGGUCGACAAGAAGGGUAAGGUUGUUGAGAGAUACAGCUCAUUGACCAAGCCUUCUUCUUUGGAAGCCACUGUCGAGAAGCUAUUGAACGCUUGA